AUGCCCCCACUCGACGGCAUACAACAGCAAAUCUACUACGAGCGCGGGGGGCGCAAGGUCCGCUACCUCCUCCUCUCGACUGUCAAGUCCGGACAGUGGGAGGUGGCUCUUUGGGCUAAUGUGGAGGGCAAGCUGCAAGUCUGGGCCGGUGACGGAGACGCCACUCGUUCUUCUGAGAUCAUCGACUCGAUCAAGGGAGGCAUGAUUCAUGUCGAGGAGCGCGGUAACAAUGGACUCAAGCUCGUGAUACACGCGCCCAAGACACCAGUCACCGUCUACCUCGACUCGGAGGACACUGUAGCCUACCUGCCUAAACUCCUCGACGGUGCCUUUGAAGCCGAGAUCACCUCCCUCACUGCCAAGCUGGUCAACCUGCGUGCGACCCUUGCCCGCCAGCCGGGAGGACCCAGUGGCAGCCAGGGCGGGCGUACUAAUCCGACUACACCCCCGAAGAAGAUGGCUGCGCCGCCUGCCAACGCAAGCAGACUACAGCCCAACCAGAAGAGAGACGACACGGUUUUGAGCUGGGUUGGCGUUCGCACCGCCCAGGCAACCAUCCGUCAAGGCAAAAACAACUGGGAACCUGUGUUAUAG